CCCCCCAGCCCAAAGACAACUGACGCAACACACACACACACCGGAUACUCGCCACUCCGCUAGAGACCUAGUUAUCCUACACGAUCGACCCUAUUAACUUAUUUAAUCCCCCUUUAAAGCGACCUAUGAAAUCAGUGCCUUCAACAAGACUUUUACGAUGUGAAUCGGUGGAGAGAUAAAGAGAUCCAGCUCCAGAACCAGAUGCAGAUUCAGAUCCAGAGAACCUCUAGUUUUAACGUAGAAAUGUUUUACGUUCGAUUAUACCCAUUGUGUACUGUGAAUUGAGCUUUGCUUUGCUUUGUACUCGUACUCCGUGUACUGUACUGUAUAUUGUGCAAAUUAAACAAUAUUUUUGUAUGCUCAAAUAACCAGAAGAAUGUAAUCAGAGCCAGAAUGUCGCCAAAGGAAUGCCAUCAAUGGGAGUUUCGUGCGUCACCGAUGAAAAUGCCAACAAGUGUGAGAACUCAUUGGAAUAAUCAGUGGAUCUAAGAUUUCGAGAGUACUUCAACUUCAGAAGAACCAGAAUUAGAAUGAAUACCUUUUUACUGGCCCUGCUCUUCUGGGCAACAGUUGCCCUGGGAAAUGGACAAACCAGUCGUGGCCUAACAGUCGACUCCCAUGACAUCACCGUUCUGUUGAACACCAACGAGAGCUUCAUCGUCUUUGCCAAGGAAGAUCUAACAGAGCCCGUGAGUGUGAGGCUACUAAAAGAGCAUGACGAUCAUUUGAGCUUGGAUCCUGAGUCAUUCACAUAUCCAGCGGGAGCUACGGGCAACCAGACGGUGGUGAUAACAGGCCUAAGGGCUGGCUAUGUGGCUGUCACAGCCGUCGACGGUUCCAAUGAACUCAUCGAAGAUGUCUAUCUGCGUGUCACUGUGGCCGUGUCGAAGGGCCUCAUCUACACCUCGAUUGUGUUCGGUUGGGUGUACUUUGUGGCCUGGUCGGUUUCCUUUUAUCCCCAAAUUUGGAUCAACUUCCGUCGCAAGUCUGUGGAGGGCCUGAACUUUGACUUUGUCAUCCUUAACAUUGUGGGCUUCACAUUGUACAGCAUGUUCAAUUGCGGCCUGUACUUCUUUGACACCAUGCAGGACGAAUAUGAGAGCCGACAUCCGCGUGGCCUCAAUCCGGUCAUGCUGAACGAUGUCGUCUUCUCGCUGCAUGCCAUGUUUGCCACCAUCAUAACGAUCGUUCAAUGCUGCAUCUAUGAGCGUGCCGGUCAAAGAGUCUCGUGGACAGCCUAUUCCUUAUUGAGUGUCUUUGGUGUGGUCGUGGUCGUAUCGGCCUCUCUGGCCGCAGCCUCUGUCAUCCACUGGCUGGACUUUCUGUACUACUGCAGUUAUGUGAAGCUGGCCAUUACCAUCAUUAAAUAUGUACCGCAGGCUCUGAUGAACUAUCGCAGGAAGAGCACAGCGGGAUGGAGUAUUGGAAAUAUCCUACUGGACUUCACGGGCGGCACGCUGAGUAUGCUGCAAAUGAUUCUGAAUGGCUUUAACUACGACGAUUGGGCCUCCAUAUUUGGGGAUCCUACCAAGUUUGGCCUAGGCCUCUUCUCGGUCCUCUUCGAUGUGUUCUUCAUGCUGCAGCACUAUGUGUUCUAUAGAACAAAUCCCUCGUACGGGAGAGUGACAAGACGUGUCUCGGUAUAUGCACUAAGACCAGUGGGUUUUAUAAUGCGUAAACUGUGCCAACGUCCAAAAAGAUUCCAUUAUUAAACAAAAAUUAAAAUUUAA